CACUGGCAGCAACCAGUGUUUGAAAAGGUGUUUUUUGGCCGGAGCUAUUUGUAAACAAUAACAAACCGAUUUGCGAGUUGGCCUAAAAAAUGGUAAAUACGGCUAAAUACUUUGCUCUGCUUGAGAGUCUCAACUUUGAAAAGGCACUAGCUAAACAGGCAACCUGCUCCAAUGCAACCGGCUACCUGGAAGGAAACUUGGUUAUUUUACAAAAAUAUGCGAAAUUAAAUUUGCAAGAGCAGCUGCAUGAGCUAUGUACGGACUACGGACUUAAUCCUGAACAGCAAUCUAGGAUAGAUCCUGCGGUGGAUCCUUCUAUAUCCUACAUUGUGCGAUUGCAGCAUGUGAUCCACUUGUUGACCAAGAAUAUAAAUUUCCACAGCGAUGCCAAGGAGGAUCUUAUAUCGGUGGCUCAUCUAAAGCUUUGCAUUCAAGCCACUCAGGAACUAUCCUACUACGGCCUAAGGUGCCAGCUCCAUGAGGACUUCUACAAAUCCCCAAUUUUCAAUGAAGCAAAGGGAAAGGUUCCCGCGAAUCCCGCCUUGUUGCUCCUCAGCAUCAAGAUCUUUGUGAAUAUUCUACCAAUUCGCCAGUUUCAUAUAGCCAACUCUAUGGAGCUAGUGCAGCGGGAUCUCCUGGCGGCCAUCCUCAGUCUACGAAUUCAGGAAGACUACCCCGAGUUAUCAUCAGCAAUAUCCUACCUUUGGGAACAGGAAUCCAAGUCGGAUUUCUUUCGUCAUGUGCUUCUCUUAAAAGCCACUCCUCUGUGUGCUCCAUUGGCGAAACUGCUCCACCAUCAACUUCUGGAGAAGCUACACUCCCCGCAAGGCUUUGCCAGCUUUGUGGAAGCUUUGCAGCAGACUCCCAAUGUGAGCCCCUCCAGAAAUGCAGAAAUUGUUGCUGGAAUAGUGGCUAGGAAGGGAUUCACUCAGUCGGCCCAGGAAAAGAUGAUUCAGCAAGUGCUGGAGUAUUGCAGAUUCUAUCUCCAGGAUGCGGACAAACUGUGUGUUGGCAUCCUUACCCUGAGAAGGUUUUACGACCUGAGUGAGAGGAAUCAAAAGGUAAUAGAGGAAAUCCUCUCCAACCAUUGGAAAACUUUGAUUGAGCCGGAGGACCUGAUAGCGGGUCUUAUUUUAAUGGAUCAUCAGGAACUCUGCAAUCGAAUCCUGUUCUGGCAACACCUAUUUUGCAGCUCCUCUGUUGCUUGUUUGCCCAGUAACCUUUUGAUAGAAUACCUACCCCUGCUACUCCAGUUGUAUGAUGGUCUGCCUUUGGAACUCCCUGCUAGAAAUCAGAUUUCAGGACUGGUUUCCAGGUGUUUGGAUAAUAGGGAACGCGAAAAGGAACUCCCGGCCGUGCUUCAGAGAUUAUUCAGCUGGGAAAUAGAUGAGGAACCUGCUUGGAAAUGCCUCCACCCGCGUGUUCUUCUGCUUCCGUCGUCAGAAAAAAAUGAAAUUCAAAUCAAGGUGGCUCCCAGUGAAUACCAAGUGGACCACGACAUGGCCAGGAUACUGCCUGGCCUACUCACAUCCACUUCCCACAAUGCCCUCAUCUGUAAUGUGUUUCUGGCACUCUUGGGUUUUAUGGUGAAGCUUUUAAAAGAGAAAUCCUCAUCCAGCGUGGAUUUUAUUUCCACAGAGUCCGAACUAAAGGACUUCUUGCACUCCAAAUACCAACUAAAGUUGGAUCUGCUUAUAGCGCUUAACCAGUUGGUUGCCCACCAGCCACUAAGAGUUCAGUUGGCUAUGCACACGAAGGAGUUUGUGGUAAUCCUGAAGGACUUGCUCCAACAACGGUCCGAAGAGGAGGAAACGGCUGUUCAUAUACUGCUCCUGAUUCUCAAUCUUCUGCACGAACUCAUCGAGAGCAGUGAAGAGCUUCAGCUUUCUGAGAGCAGAGAACUGAAGGAGCAACUGCUGCUGUUGAAAUCCGAAUCUCGUAAUUCCCUAAUCCAGCAAUCCGUUGAAGCUCUUCUGAACCUCCUGCAAGGAGCUUGGCGUCCAAGUGAUUCCCUGAAAACUCAGCCCUUUCAGAAAGCGCGCUCUCUCAUUGAGAAAAAGGAAUCGCAUCUGCAGGUGUAUGGCAUCCAGCUAAUGAUGGAUCUGCUGCACAAAAAGGAUCCUACUACCAUGUCUCAGAGUCACCUGGUCAUAGCUCUGGCCCUCACCACUCUGAAGGAUAAGGAAUCGUACACUUUUCUGAACUGCGUGCGUCUGUUUGUGGCCUUGGUGCAUGUGAUGGAGUCUGAAGUGCUGGAGAAGCUGAGCGAUGAGUACUUGUCUGAGACGGCUGAGUUGGACUACAGAUUGGUUGUGGGAGAAGCUAUUCUCAAAGUUUCCCAGGAGAUAGGACCCCUGUGCUAUCGCUACAAGGGAGUUCUCCUUAACUGCUUCAUGCAUGGUGCCCGCUCUCCACUUCAUGAGUUUCGGAUGUCCGCCUUCGCCAAUCUCGCCCAGCUCUGUCGUCUGUUGGCUUUCCAAGUACACAACUUCUUCGAGGAGUUGCUCCAGCUGGUGAACAAUGAACUGACCUCCGGGGGCUAUGUUCCUUCCAAACGUGCCGCUGUCCUGGUCUUGGCUGAGCUACUCAAUGGGAUGGAGAAUCUGUUGGACUACCAGGAUAUGCUAUUGCCUGUUUAUCGUUUACUUAAAACCAUUGAAGCCAGUGAGUCCUGCGAUCCUCAAAUGCGCCAGCAUGCCGCCAAUGGCUUGAAAAUAUUGAAUGAAAAAUGCCGGGAACUAAUUCAAACGAGUUUGGAAGAGCGAUCCCUGCAGAAGCAGAUCAAGGUGCUGGGCAUCAAGGACAGUAAUCCUACACCUAGAAAGAAUCGCCACAUCCUGGAACUAAACUAAGAUAAAAUAAGUUUCAAGACAAUCUUAAAGUAUGUGAUUUUAGAAUAGAUUUUUAAAAAAGA